AUGACAAUUUUUGAAAUUGAUUUUACAUUAUCUGAUUGUUAUCGAGCUUUAGGUCCAGCUGAAGGUUUUAAUUUUGGUGUUGUAUCAUUUAAAAUAGCAAAUGAAAACGCAUAUCCAGUACUUGAGCAGAUAAAUUUUUUACGUCUUCAUAUAUUCGAAACAUUACUUUUUACAUUAUUUGUACGACCAAUUCGAAUUUCAAAUCUUAUGGUUGAUAAUGAUGGUGAUGAUAUUUUAGUUACUUUUACUUUACUUGAUGCACCACCACGUACAGGACCUGUAGAAGUUCCCUUGCAGGAAAAUUCGCUCACUACAUCUAUCCAACGUCUUCGUACGGUGAUCGAUGCGAAUAGCCUGAGUUUUCGAGUGAAAUACGGCACCAACCAAACUACUAUAUUACGAGCGCGAAUCAAUUCGCUUCAAGUCAUCUAUACGAGUUCUGAUCAAAAUGUUAGUCAAUGUAUUAAUCAAACUUUUGUUACAACUCCAAAACCUGAUGAAUGUCUCGACACAACAACUCAACAAAAUCAAAAUCUUGAUCAAGGCAUCGACAUAGUUUACAAGAGCUCAGGUCCAUUAAUUACUGGUUUCUGGGUUGGAUUCAUCGUUUUAGGCGUUUUGAUUGGUAUAGUUGGUGGCGUUUUUGUUUUGAAACGUUUCUUCAAACGGUGA